GAGGGGACAAAUUUGAUAGACAUUGGAAAGAGCCAAUCGACUACAAGUUAGCAGCACGUGUAUAGGCUGAGGGACUGCAGGACCAUAUUAACCAAUCCGAUAAGGGUUACGUCACUCCCACUGACGCGCCGGGUAUAAAGCGCAGCUCCUGGAUGCUAAUCUUCGCUUUACACAGUAUGGCCGGCGAUAUUAGCUAGCGCUCGCUCAGCCGCGUUCUCUGUAACAGGGAAUAAAACAGGAAAAAAAGAGACUUUACCGGAGAAAUUAACUAUCCAUCGUUAACAACACCUCCUAGAAAUCAACGAUAAUAUUCGAAUGCCACCUUCCAAAAUUAUAAUAAAGUAAUUAUCGACGUAAAAUAUUUAAAGGCUAAAUUUCAAAUCUAAUAUAAUUAGAAACUACGAAUUAUUUUAAGUAAAGGACCAGAAAAAAAGAACCGGGAAGGACAUUAUCAGCAGGUAGUUAUUUUUUUCCGUUUGAAGUUAUUUUCUGCGUUGUCGGUGGGUCUCCGGCUGCCCGAGGAGGGAGAGGCGGGCGAGAAGAUGAAGAUGGAGGAGAGCGCCGCGCACUUCUUUGAGGGAACAGAGAAGCUGCUGGAAGUCUGGUUUAGCCAGCAGGACGAGAGCAAAGGUUCCGGGGACCUCCGUGACAUCCCAAGGUUUGAGUGGGACAAACUUUUGGAGAAUGUGCAUUGUUUGAUCAUAAGUGUGACGAAAACUGACAAGCAGGAAGCUUAUGUACUCAGUGAGAGUAGCAUGUUUGUCUCCAAGAGACGUUUCAUUUUGAAGACAUGUGGUACCACCCUCUUACUGCAAGCACUGGUUCCCCUGUUAGAGCUCGCCAGAGAGUAUUGCGGGUUUGAUGGCAUCCAAAAUUUUUUUUAUUCCCGCAAGAAUUUUAUGAAACCAGACCAUCAAGAAUACCCGCAUAGGAAUUUCCAGGAAGAAGUUGAAUUCCUAAAUCAAAUUUUCCCUAAUGGAGCAGCAUAUUGCAUGGGGCGAAUAAAUUCUGAUUGCUGGUAUUUGUAUACUCUGGACAUUCCAGAUGGAUAUGUUAUCAAUCAACCAGAUCAGACACUGGAAAUUCUAAUGAGUGAGCUUGACCCAGAAGUUAUGGACCAGUUUUACAUGAAAGAGGGUGUUACUGCAAAUGAUGUCACUCGUGUGAGUGGAAUUCGUGACCUGAUAACAGGUUCUGUCAUUGAUGCUACAAUGUUCAGCCCUUGUGGUUAUUCGAUGAAUGGGAUGAAAUCAGAUGGAACUUACUGGACUAUUCACAUCACUCCAGAACCAGAAUUUUCAUAUGUUAGUUUUGAAACAAAUGUAUCCUUAACAACCUACGAUGAUCUGAUUAGUAAAGUUGUGGAUGUUUUCAAGCCAAGGAAAUUUGUGACCACCCUCUUUGUUAAUCAGCAGACUUAUAUGGUAUGGAAAUACUGUUUAUGGAAAGACCCCUUAUCUGAAAACCCCCGGAUCCUGAACAUUCUGGAUAACCGGUUCCAUAUCUGUAUCGGCAAAUCUGGGGAGUACAGAGUUCCAAAUGUCGGACAGCAUUCAGUUGCGCUCAGAAGAUUGAAGGCUUUAGACGUCUGGAUCGCCAGUUUGCGCAGUUCAAUGACUACAAUUUUGUUUUCACCAGUUUUGCCAAGAUCCAACCACAGCAGAGUUGAUUAGAAAUAAUGAAGAAGAAACGCAAAAAGAAAACUAAUGGUAGAGGUGGUGGGUGCUUUUUAGAUACCGGGGGCCAUGCUUUCUACAUCCAUCACCUAGUAGUUGCUGAAAGCCCUAAAUAUAUUCCUAGUAUGAGUUUAAAUUGUAUCCAUUAUUAUAACAAGGAGAUAGAUAACUUGCAUGAAUGCUCUCUCCAGUGUGUAGGUAUUCUAUGCCACUCUUGCUGUGAAAUUAAAGUGCAUGUAGAUGCGUUAAACACAGACUGUAUGAGACUCAACAGCACAUGUAAAAAUGCACAUUGUUCUACACAUUGCAUCUGUUUUUUACAGGUGUCUCCAAAAAUUUGCCACAGACAAGGUUUCCGCCCACCAUAAUUUUGGUCCCAGAAUUAAAUCAUAUUUUAGGCUUGGUGUUCUCCUACAUUCAGGCCUGUAGUUCAGGGCUGUAGGUAAUUUCUUUUCACUGUUAACAACAAUAAAGAAAAACGGUUUUAUUAUGAAAUCAACAGUUUGGUGCUAGCACCUGCUCAAAUGUAUUUCUUUGGGACAGGCUUUAUAUACAUUCAGUUGAUUCUAAUGAUGGUGCUAGGCUUGUUACAAGAGCAUCAUUCAUUAAAAUGGCAGAGAUAUGCUAGUGAUAGGAUGAAGUGAUGCAGGAAAUAUCAACCUCAUGAAAUCUAACAUUAUUCAGGCCUUUUGUCUUUAACUGGAUUGUUCUCUGCAAAACUUUCAGCUGUUUCCAAUUGUGUGGAAACAAUAUGCUGUAAAGCAGCCCAGAUCCUGCUCCAGUUUGCAUCUCAUUUGAAAUCAAUGCCUUUUUCAUCCUGUCUAUAAAAAAAAAAAAAGAAACCUGUGACAUUGUGCAUGUGACUACUCUGCUGUAUUUGACAGUGCUGUAACCUCAUCCACUCUCCCUUGUGAAUUGGUGUGGUGAUUUCCUUUAUACCAUGAUUAGGUAGCUUUAUGUAAUGAACAUAGGGAGUUACUGGGACAUCUCGAAGGAUUUUUAAUUAUUUUAUAAUUCAUUUGGAAAUGAAUUGUUGGGGGUUACCCUUACCGUUAGAUAAAGCUUUCAAAAACUUGCCUAGCUCUGAAUUGAACUUUUUUACCAUUCCCACUGUCUUUCUGUAAUGCUGUCUAUAUCCUUAUUGAAUAUAGUUCAGUUAUAUUCCAUUUGUCUUUAUCAACACUUCUUGUAGUGUUUUGAAAAAUCUGCUUUCCUUGAAAUAGGGGUUUUACCAUCUGUUAUUUUGUUUUUUGAGCACACAUUUUUUGAAAGCUUUCUGUUGCUCCUCUGGGAUAUUUCUACUGCUUAUUACUGAGGACCAAUAUUUUGCAUAGUUAGUGUUUUUGCUGUCUAAAUAACACAACCCCCUUAAACACUGCUAGUGCAGUGGUUAGUGUUUCAGAGUAUGAGCAUGGUCAUGGUGUUGACAUCCCAGACAGACAUUUGGCUGCCUUUGAACAAAGUCAUAUGAUUCACAUGGCCUGUAAGUUGCAACCUGCCAGGAAAUAAAUUCUGUUUAUUGUUUCAGCAAAAUAUUUUCCAUUAAUAAUACAUUGAUAAGUCUAUUAUAGUGGACUAUGUGGAAUCAUACCCUAGGUACUAUGUAAACAUCAAAACAAUUAAAAACUAAAAAAUUAAGUUCUCUUGGGAAGAGGGGGAGUUUGUCUCAAUUCUCUUUGUUAGACUCUGAUCAAUUGUAAUGUACUGAAAAUCUCUGUACCAUCUACCUAAUGCUUAAAUAAAACCGUGCUUAAUACAUUC